GACGCAUAUUAAGGGUUGUUUUAUUUUAUUUGGUAAUUGCGCUUGCGCAUCCGCAAGACGCGCCCUAUAGAUUACAGCCCAGUCGAGGCCAGACAGAGAGCACCUGUUACAUUUGCCAUUUACACGCCAGGGAGGACAGUACGACAGAAGGCAGACUAAAUCGUAAUCAAGUGGCAUAAAAUUCUCAGUUAUUCGCGUGUGAAAUAAAAUUUAACAUGUCUGAGCAAGAAGCAUCUACUAACGCUACCGUUGAAGAACCAAAAACUGAAAAAAAGGAAAACGCCUCUGAAGAUGUGAAAGAAAAUGGAAACGGGGAAGUCGAACCUGUUGCCGAGAAUGAAAAAGAAGCCCCGAAAGAAAUGAGAGCUGUUGUUUUAACUGGAUUUGGUGGCUUGAAAUCUGUCAAGAUUCUGAAGAAACCAGAGCCAACUGUAAACGAAGGCGAAGUUUUAAUCAGAGUCAAAGCAUGUGGGUUGAAUUUCCAAGACUUGAUGGUUCGCCAAGGAGCCAUCGAUUCUCCUCCAAAAUGUCCAUUUAUCUUAGGUUUUGAAUGCGCUGGUGAGAUCGAACAAGUAGGGGAAGGAGUCGAAAACUUAGUUGUUGGAGACAACGUUGUAGCUUUACCAGAAUAUAGAGCCUGGGCCGAAUUAGUAUCGGUACCAGCGAAAUAUGUGUACAAAUUACCUAAUGGUGUGUCCUAUUUGGACGCUGUUACCAUCACAAUGAAUUAUACAGUGGCCUAUAUUUUACUCUUUGAGCUUUCCGGUUUAACUCAGGGAAAAUCCAUACUGGUGCACUCAGUAGGAGGGGGAGUGGGUCAAGCCAUUGUCCAACUAGCAAAGACCAUUCCAGAUGUAACAAUUUUCGGAGUAUGCUCCAAAGGUAAACAUGAAGCGUUGAAAGCCGCCGAAUCACCCAUCGAUCAUCUAUUAGAAAGAGGAUCCGAUUAUACAAGUGAAAUCAGGAAAAUAUCUCCCGAAGGCGUAGAUAUUGUUUUAGAUUGUUUAUGUGGAGAAGAAUGCAACAAGGGUUACAAUUUGCUCAAGCCUAUGGGUAGAUACAUUCUUUAUGGUUCAUCCAACGUUGUCACUGGUGAGACCAAAAGCUUCUUUAGCGCUGCUAGAUCGUGGUGGCAAGUCGACAAAAUCUCUCCAUUGAAACUCUUUGAUGAGAAUCGUACUCUAUCUGGUUUCAAUUUAAGACGUUUAAUGUAUAAUCAACAUGGACACGAGCAUGUACAUCAGACUGUACAAAAAGUUUUCGAAUUGUUUAAGGAUAAAAAGAUCAAGCCCCUAUUAGAUUCAACCUGGGCUUUAGAAGACGUUGCUGAGGCUAUGCAGAAAAUGCACGAUCGUAAAAACGUAGGAAAAGUCAUCCUGGAUCCAAGUAUGGAACCAAAACCGAAACCAGCAACUCCUGCAAAAGGAAAAAGUAAAGAGGACAAAAAGAAACAGUCCUCUGAAGAAAAGAAGGAACCUGAAGAGAAGAAAGAAGAACCAGCCAAGGAAGAGAAAAAGGAAGAGAAGAAGGAGGAACCUGUUACUAACGUUGAUUCAGAAGGGGAUUCUGCAGAAUCCAAAAAGGAGCCUUCAAGUUGAAUUGCCACUUAUAUACAGAAGCUAUCGUCAAAAAUUAAAUAUAUGCUUACAUUUUUGAAAAUUUUUAUCCAUAGUUUAUAAUUUUUUUAUUAAGAGAAUAUUGAAUGCGACGGACAAACAAAAGAUCUCAAAUAUGUUACAUUAGCGAUUUUAAACUGUACUUUUAAGGAAAAACUGUGUUAUUUUUAUCUUAAGUAUCAUGUCUAAGACCAAUAAUGACUAUAUCAAUUAUUUUUAUAAUUGUUUUCACAUAAAAAUGGUGCUCAUUUUUCCAGUAGAUUUGAGAAAUCUUUUUGAUCCAGCUUUUAAAGACACAUAUCUGUGUACCAAGACCAAAAAAAUAUGUAGCAUUUUUGUAAUAAAUUAUUUUUUCAUGCUAAUUCACUUUUUAUCAUAGUUCUAGAAAAGGACAAGUAAAAUGUAAAAAAAGUAGUGUUGUCCGGUAUUUUUGCUAUUCAAGCUAUUGAACGUUUUCUAUGCAUAUCAAAACGCAGGAAAUUAUUCACAUUUUCACUCAUUUUGUAUCAAUUAAUUUGUAAAUUGUAAUAGUAGAGCAGUUGCUUAUGAGAUUAUUUUUAAUUAAUUGUCCAAAUGUAUUUUUAUAUAUAAUUGUGUUUUGUUUUUAAAAUGUUUUUAUAUUAUGUUAAGUCUUUGGAAACAUUCAAAUUAGAUUGAUUCUAACUUGAAUAAUUGCCAAUUUAAUAAACAUACCAUUUAAAAGUGUGUUAAUAUGCUAAGAAAUGCUUAAAUAUUUAUGUAAAUGUAAGACUGAUGUGUUAUUGCUAAAGCUAUUAUUUAGAUGGCCGUGAAAUAAAAAUGUAUAAAUGC